AUGGAGUUGCUUUACGCAAUUGUCGGGAAAAAUAUGUUUAAUUACGUCAUUCUCGCAAUUUUAUUAUUUUCGGUCCGAAAAACAACAUCUUCACCUCCGACCUCAAUUAUACCCCCAGUUGAUCCAACUAUACAAAAACUCAAACAAGAUAUUUUAUCUCUGCAAAACGAAAUAAAUAAAAUGCGCACGGAGGCGGAAUGGAAAAGUGAAGCCCGAACAUCCGCAACAAGCCACAGAUCCGAAUAUCCCGUUGAAAUCGAAACUCUCUGGGUCGAAUUUACCGUCCUAUUUGACGAGAGAAGAAAAAGAGAAAAACGCUCUCCCACGAAAAUGUACAAUGUCCUGUCCGAAGAAAUAGGCCUCAGCCCAUCCACACUUGCAAAAUUCUAUCAGCAUCAAAAAUCUCCUCAAAGAACUUCACUGGAUAAAAUUGAGAAUUGGAUCGAGAGAGAAGGAAAAAAGAAAGAUACUUACUUUGGUAGUAGUAAUGAAUUCAAUGAUGAUAGCUACUAUGGUAUGAAAGGAGGGCCUGCGAUGGUUCUCGUAGACUUUGCCAAGGAAGUUAAGGAGAAAAAAUUGAGGGCUUUUUCAUCAUACCGCAGUCUGAGAGAAGUGUUAUUAAAAUAUGACCUUGAUAGUGAUGAUUUUAGUCCAGUUGAGAAAUUACGGGACAUUACUCGUCGACAGCUUAGAAAGCAUGCGGAACGAAUACGUCGUGGCUUUAUUACAUUCUGCCCUCCAUAUCAUAUGAGACGACACACAAAAGGAGUUUAUCCAGAACAGAUCUCACAAGGUAGCAAACGAUCAUACAUCAUCGAAUUCACGGAUGAAGCUUUAAUUGAGGAUUCGGAGGAAUAUCACACAUUGUGCAAGAGCGUGAAAAAGGAUCGAGGAAUACCGCGCCAAAAAAUGAUAUAA